UGAACAAAUGCAGAACUUGAGAGAUAAGGUAAUGGCAAGCAAAGCAGGAAAAUCCGCAGUGAAAACGAUUGGGGAGUAUCAGUACCCAUGGCGGGAAAAGUUAGCAAAGUACAAAGAUGAGCUCUCAAAAGGGGUUUGGGGGCAUUGGCACUUAGGGGCAUGGAAGCCACUUGGCAUUAGUGCCCGCCAUCGGGCACGCCUUCGCAAGGAAGUCCUCCUUGCAGGUGAGGAGGAUUGGCCAUAUGAUCCAGAAAGGAAAGAGAUGAGGACCAAGAGGAAAGGGCACAAGUGCGACAGAAUAUCUGCAGCGAAAAGGGCAAAUACUGCUGAAUUGAUGAAGAAAAUGCCGGAAAUGUUACUGGAUUACAAGAAGCGCAGGUGGGAGAAGAAGAUGAAAGAGGAGGAUGCAAAAGAGUCAGACUGACUAAGAAAUCUCUCUCUCUUGCUGGUUUGCUUGCUUUUACUCUUUUUUGUUCAACUUUCAGUUGUCACAGGUUUCCUAUAUAGAUGAAAGUGAAAAAAAUACUUGCUGUGGGAUGUUACUUGACAUAUUAAGUAAUUUGAAGUAUCAUGGAAUAAUUGAAGC